AUGAAUACUAGGACCAAUCCUGAGAUCUCAAACAAUGUGCGGUCUUCGAAGAAGGGAGAUUCUGCUGCCGGUUUUGACUUGACCCGUGCAGCCUGUAUCCUAAUUGCGGGACAGACCACAAUUAAGUUCAUGACAUUUGCAAUGAACCAAAUGUUGAUUCAACAUGUCACACCGACAGGUCUCGGACUUUGCAGCCUGAUCGAAUUUGUGAUCAACACUGUGCUUUUUAUCAGCAGAGAGCCUGUCCGACUAUCUGUGCAGGCUAUGAAUACCGAACUAAAGGAAUACGAUCAGCUUUUGGUGAACUUUUCCUACUUGCCGUUGGUUUUCUGUGCCAUUAUUGCUGGCCCUUUUGUCCACUGGCAAUUGGGUUUCGGCAGCCUAUUUCUGAGCUCCUGGCACUAUCAGGUCUGUCUAGUCGCUAUCAUAGCGUCGCUGGUGCUGGAGAUCCUCAGUGAGCCUUACUAUAAUGCCAACCAAACACAAUUGAAUGUCACGAAAAGAGCGAAGAUUGAGAGUUUUGCCUCGUUUGUCAAAUGCGUGGUUCAGUUCACCAUCGUGAUGAACGUUCGCAUGAAAGCAGGCAAAGACGCCACUUUUGUGGUUGCUUACAUCCUGGCACAAUUCUUUUACUCGCUCACCGUUUUUGUGUGUUAUUCGAGAUUUAGGCUCGCUUUACCUCGUCUCUCAUCUACAGGAGCCUUCCUCGAACCAUUGACAUGGAAUUAUCUGCGCUCGCUUUUUCUUCAGCAAAUAUUUAAGCACUUCCUCACCGAGGGAGACAGGUUUGUGCUUAAUCAAUUCUUUCCUAUCGUCGAUCAGGGAUACUACUCUAUCGUGCUCAACUAUGGGUCUUUAAUGGCGCGCUUGUUGUUCCAACCAGUUGAGGAAACCAUCAGAAUGAAUACAGCAAAGCUUUUCGCUUCGAAUCAGCCAGAAACAUGUAAGCGGGCAAACCUCAACCGCAACAUUUACAAAGUGGUAACCGUUUACAUAUACAUAUUGACUCUGCUACUCAUCUUUGCACCCCGAAAUACUUCAUUCUUCAUUCAUCAAGCAUUUCCAAACAUAGCGGAUCCAGAAAAGUUUGUCGAAGUUUUCAAGAUCUACUGGUAUUACCUUCCUCUACUAUCCAUGAAUGGCGUACUCGAAGCGCUGUUCAACUCUGUCUAUACAGAUCCAGAUCACGUGAGUCUGUACUCGCGCCUAAUGUUCGUCAAUUCCGCGUGUUUCUAUCUGACGUCUGCUUUCUUUAUCAAACGCUUGCAGCUUGGGCUUGUAGGGUUGAUUUUGGCGAACUCUAUCAACAUGCUCAUUCGGAUUUUAUUUUGCGCUUUCGAAGUCAAACCGUUCCUCAACUUCAAAGACCAAAAUUACACAAAAUUCCUCUACUUCUGGGCAUUUUGCGCUGUCAUAGUCGCCAUUCAAAACAAAAUUGUUGCAGGAGAUACGGUCACUGCCAUUCAGUUCGGUCAGGAUUUUGGACUCGGACUUAUUGCUUUGGCUUUUAUCGUCAUAAUCGAAAGCAAAAUUUAUCGUCUAGCAUAUGAUUUAUUAGCGAACCCUUCUGCGACAGUACGGACAACUGUCGCUGAGAUUAUACCACGUUCCGAAACAUUCCUGAUGAAACACGUGCCGACAGGCCAAUAA